AUGGCGAGCGCGACUCCCAGUGAGAGUGUGGAUAGUGAGCUGCGCUGCUCCAUCUGCCUGGGCACGUUCGUCUGCCCCUCCACGCUGAGCUGCGGACACUCGUUCUGCCUGCGGUGCCUGGAGGCCGCCUGGGAGACGGCGAGCAGCUUCAGCUGCCCGCAGUGCCGAGCGACCUUCCCUGUGCGACCCCAGCUGAGGAGGAACGUGGCCCUCGCCAACCUGGCGGAGCAGCUCAGAGUUGGAGACGGGAUGGCCGCGGCCGUCGUGUGUGACACUGCAGUGAUGCACACUCCUGCAGUGAAGACCUGCCUGAGAUGUGAGAUGUCCUUCUGUGCGACGCACUUGAGGCCUCACUUGGAGAAUCCCAGGCUGAGUGAUCACGUCCUGGUGGCUCCCAUCGCGAACCUGGAGGAGCGACGCUGCCGGAGCACAGACAGGAGCUCAUUCUUUACUGUGAACAGGACGAAAUCCCGGUCUGCACAGUCUGCGCCAUCGGAGGAGACCACUCUGGACACAGGUCAUCGCAGUGGAAAGAGUGCAACAGACAAGACAGGAGGAGCUCAGAGUCAAGAAGGAGGGGAGAGAGGAGAAGAGGAACACGGCGGCGUCACGGCACGGACACUCAGGGACGACUACCGAUACGUGGAGGAGUCUGUGCGUGGGAUCAAGGCGCGGAUCAGCCGAGAGUUUGAGCGCCGGAGGGAGCAGCUGAAGGAGGAGGAGAGGGAGGCGCUGGAGCGCGUGGACGAGGAGGGCCGCUCCGCGCUGUCCCGCAUCCAGGCGGACAUCGCUCGCUACGAGAGCAGAGCACGCGGCCUGGAGCAGGAGAUCAACCAGCUGCUCGCCGCCCUCGCCGUGCAGGACCCGCUCUCCUUCCUGCAGGAUCCCCUGCAUGAGAGUCUCAGGAGGAGCUCCAUCUCCCAGGAGACUCAGGAUGACCCAGCCCCCGUCUCCCACGGUCUGAACCUCGGAAAAUUCAUCUCGGUGGGCGGCGUCCAAACUAAACUUCUGCCUUUUCUCGGCUUGAGUGCAUUAAUGCAGCGUGACCCCUUGGCAAGGGAGACCUGCAUACAUUCAGGUCAUGAAACGGGCACCCAGUAUGUGUACACUAAUACUCACCACAGAUGGACGCUCACCGACUCUGGACACAAACUCAGCCCACGACCGCCUCCAGAUUUCCUCGGAUCUCAGGACGAUGACGCUGAGCGGUGUCCCCAGGGUCGCCCCCAUCACCCACACCGCUUUGAUGUCUGGCCACAAGCCCUGUGCUCUGAGAGCUUCUCGUCGGGUCAGCACUACUGGGAGGUGGACGUGGGGAGCGCGAGGCUGUGUCGGGUUGGAGUCGCGUACGGGACGAUCCCACGGAGAGGGACUGGUGCUGAGUGCGGCCUGGGAGGGAGCGACGUCUCCUGGUGUCUACAGAAACAAGGCGACAGCUUCUCAGUGCGGCAUGGCGGGGUAGAGACGUCACUGUCGGUGCCGCAGCCUCCGCGGAGAGUCGGGGUCCACCUGGACUGGGACGCGGGGCUGCUGUCGUUUUACAGCGCCGACUCCAUGGCGCUGUUACACUCGUUUAAUAAAACUUUCACUCAGCCCCUACACCCUGGGCUGUGGGUGGGGUGGAGGUGGGGUGGUGUUGGUGACUCAGUGAGGAUUGUGGAUCUGAGUGGUGCGUCCUGA